AUGAGUGAGAAGUCUGGACGAAGCGAUUCGAAACUGUCGGAGUCGUCUUCGAUUAGCGAACUCCAGGCAGCCGAUCUGAGCAUUUUCAGCGGAUCAUUCGAUGGAGGCGUUUUCUCGUCAAAUCUCCCAAUUUUCGACUUGAUGGGAGCUAGAAAUCAAAACAACUCUCUGUACUCCCCACAUCCAUUUGUCAAAUCAAAUGGUCCGUGCCGUCUGACUGCAAUCACCCAAUCCACACCAAAGGAACCAUUGAACAUGACUCCAGCUGAUUUCGGUCUAGCGGAUUUCUCUUUCGGUAACGAAUCUUUCGCGGAUUUCACUGCAAACAACUCUUCGUUUGUCGGGAAUUUCCAAAGCAAUGUCCGCUCGACCCGCCUUCUGCCGUCAUGGGCCGUCGACAUGAGCGGUAACAUUCGCGAUGAUCUUACGCUUCAAGAUGUUGUUCGUAACGGAUCGCUUAUCGAUUUUGCCAUGGAUAGAACUGGAGUCAAGUUCUUGGAAAGUCAUUUCCCAUCGGAGCAAGACGACGAGAUGCACAGCUUGCUGUUCGAUAAACUCACUGAACAAAGUACAGUUUUCACAAGUCUUUGCCGCAGUGCAGCCGGCAAUUUCAUCAUCCAGAAGUUUGUUGAACAUGCUUCGUUGGAAGAACAGGAUCGUCUUGUCAGCACAAUGAGUGAGAAUGGUUUGAUCGAAAUGUGUCUUGACAAAUUUGCAUGCCGAGUUGUUCAGCUCUCUAUCCAGAAGUUCGAUGAGUCUAUCGCGAUGAAGCUUGUACAUAAAAUCAGUACUCUCAACUUCCUUCCAUUGUGUACUGACCAAUGUGCCAUUCACGUUCUCCAAAAAGUUGUUAAGCUUCUUCCAAUUGGCGCUUGGAGUUUCUUCGUCAAGUUUCUUUGCCGUGAUGAUAACUUGAUGACUGUUUGCCAGGACAAGUACGGAUGUCGUCUUGUUCAGCAGACAAUCGACAAACUGUCCGACAAUCCAAAGCUCCCAUGCUUCAACACUCGUCUUCAACUUCUUCAUGGUUUGAUGACAUCGGUCGCACGUAACUGUUUCCGUCUCUCUUCCAACGAGUUCGCCAAUUAUGUUGUUCAAUACGUCAUCAAAUCUUCCGGAGUGAUGGAGAUGUACCGUGACACAAUUAUCGAGAAGUGUCUCCUUCGCAACAUUCUUUCAAUGUCCCAAGACAAGUAUGCAUCCCAUGUUGUGGAGGGUGCCUUCCUUUUUGCUCCGCCACACCUUCUGUCGGAAAUGAUGGAUGAGAUCUUUGAUGGCUACGUCAAAGAUCAGGAGACGAACCGCGAUGCGUUGGACAUUCUUCUUUUCCACCAAUAUGGAAACUACGUCAUCCAACAGAUGAUUUCUAUUUGCAUCUCUGCACUUCUUGGAAAAGAAGAACGCAAGAUGUCACCAGCGGAAUUGCGUCUCUAUGCCAAAUGGUUUGAUCGCAUCAAAAAUCGUGUCAACCGUCAGGCCAGCCGCCUUGAACGUUUCUCUUCUGGAAAGAAGAUCAUCGAAUCGCUCCAGAAGCUCAACGUACCGAUGACGAUGACGAACGAACCAAUGCCAUUGUGGGCGAUGCCGGCACCACUCAUGGAUAUGAGUGCUCAAUUCCACCAAAAUUUCCAGAAGCGCUCCGUUUUUGACGAAUAG